AUGUCACAAAGCACACCUUAUUUCCGGCCUUCAACCCAUGCUCAAGGGCUAGCCAACUACCCACAUGCCCGAACCAUAACCUCUCCUAACGGAAAAGGUUCUUACAUCUAUGUCUCCGGAACAUCAUCACGUCGCGGCGACGGGACUUUCGUCGGAGCAACGCAAAUUCAAAAUCCCGACGGCAAACCUACACUAGCACUCGACAUCCGACAGCAAACAGCAGCCGUCCUAUCAAAUAUCGACGCCAUCAUCCAAGGUGCCUCGGACGGGAAAGCAACUAUUGCAGAUGUGGUGGAUGCGACAGUCUUUCUCACAGACAUGAAAGGCGACUACACUGGCAUGAACGAGGAAUGGAAUCGGAUCUGGCCUGAUAGAACUACUGCACCGGCUCGGACGACUGUGGAGGUUCGCGCGUUGCCAAGGGAUGAGAUUCUUGUUGAGAUCAAAUGUACAGCAUACUAUGUUUGA